AUGUUUUUAUUUUUUAUAAUACCUAUUGUUUUUACAAGUGAAAAUUAUCAAAUUCCUUCUUAUUUUGGAUCGAAAGAGAUGGAUUUUCUAUUAAGAAACAGUAUAUUGAAUGGAAAUUUAAGUUCUUUUUAUUGGCAUCCAAGUAUUUCUAAGAAUGAGAAUUCUUCUAAAUUUUACUUAGGCUAUAAAAAUGCAAUAUUUGAAAUAGAUUAAGGUGAGGAUAGAUGUAUAUUUAGAAAAUAGAAGUAAAAUAAUAGCAGGAUCUCCAACAGGAAAAGCAGGAUUUAGAGAUGGUGAUUCUAAGAGUUCUCUAUUUAAUAAUAUCAAGAGUGUUAUUUAUUUUAGUAAAAAUGAUACUUUGGCAAAGUAAGAAUAGACAAAAUAAACAAUAAUUUUAAAAAAUAAUGAAACAGAUUGUUUAUCUGUUGAUUUUUCAAACUAUACAUUAUGUUUAGAUUUAAUAAGUGAUCCAGUAGAUCCAUAUAGAAUAAAAGAUGUAUAUUAAGAGUAUUAGGUAUCAUAAGAGGAGUAUAGUGAAUAUCUAUAUAUUGUUGAUUCUGGAAAUCAUUGUAUAAGAUAAAUAGAUUUAUAAAGAAAAAUAACAAAAACUAUUGCUGGUAUAUGUGGAUAGAGGUAGCUCUUUGAUUAAUAAAAUUAGUGGUUUUAAAGAUGGUUUAUUUGGAAUGAACUUAUUUAACGAACCAGAUUAAAUGGGUAUUGAUGUUUUAGGAAACAUUUUUGUUAAUGAUUUUAAAAAUCAUUUUAUUAGAAUGAUAACAUUAGAUAGAUAUGUGUAUACAUUAAUAAGUGGAAGUUGUAGAUAAGAUUUGAGGUAUUCAGAUAUCUAAUAUGAUAAAUUGAAUUUAAAGAGAGUUAUUUGUUUAAAAAAAUGGAUCAAAACAUCAGGAAAACCAUCAGAUCACUUAGUAGUUUAAAAUUACAAUAUAUGUACUUAACAUAUAAUAGAUUGUUAAUGAUUAAUUAUCAAAACAUAUAAUUUAGUUAAAAUUAUGACUUUCCAUAAUAACCAUCAACUAAACUUCCUUUGAUAAUAGAUCUCUAAAACUCAAGAUAUCAUUAGAUCAAAAAUCAUAAGGCUCAAUCUAAGU